AUGUCCGAGCCUGACAACAUUGUAAUUCAUCAAACCAUCGAUGAGUCUUCCGGCAUGCUACAACCCAGCGACCCAAAAGAUGACCAAGCCUCGGACUCCAAGAGCAAUCCGGUACAUUCGACUGAUCAACAACAGUCACACUUAAGGAUGCAACUUUUGACAAUGGCGCGCCAUGCCCACUCCGAAACAGUGGGCGAACUCGAUACGCUCCGCGACCUGAUUGAAAGAUACAAAUCGGAAGUCAACGCCAAAGAUGAAGACACGGGCAAGACGCCUAUUCACGUUGCGGCUCAAAAUGGCCUCGUCGGUGCCGUUGAACAGCUGCUCAGGGCUGGUGCCGAGCUCGAAACUCAGGAUCGCGCAGGUUUCACGCCUUUGAUGACAGCCACUGAGUGCCAGAAAGUAGACGUCAUGAAAAAGCUUCUCGAGCCUCGACCCGAGUUUGGCGGUGAUAUGAAGUCUCAACUGCAGAUUUGCGGCAGUUCAGGACUUACUCCUCUCUCAUGGGCAUGCCUUUUCAACUUUCCGGAAGAUGUCGAUCUGCGAGAUUCCGAAGGACUCACUGCUUUACAUUCAGCAGUGAUUGAAGAGAGUGUUGAAAUGGUCAACAUACGCCUUUGCACAUUGCAACCGAACAAGGCUGUGAAAGCUUGA